UUAAAGACAAUGCUUGUCUUUACAUGGUCAUGCGGUUUUGUCCUGGAGGAGACCUGUUUUUGCUGCUUAGGAGACACCGACGCUUUGAUGAAGGCGUAGUCAAGUUCUACGCUGCUCAAGUACUGUUGGGACUGGAGUACCUUCACAGUUCGUCAGUGGUUUACAGGGACCUGAAGCCCGAGAAUCUAAUGGUGACCGAAACUGGGUACAUUAGAAUCUCAGACAUGGGGUUUGCCAGGCUACUCAAGGGCUACCAGAGGGCGUGGACUUUUUGCGGUACAGCGGAGUACAUGCCACCGGAAAUCAUUGACAACAUCGGUCAUGCAUUUCCCGCUGAUUGGUGGUCAUUCGGGAUCCUGCUUUAUGAGCUCGCAACGCAAAGAACCCCUAUGGUAUGGGGAUCGUAG